GAGAGUAAAACAUCAUAUCAAAACAAUUUGUGUUGUAAAGCUUAUGAGUGUGUAAAUGAGUGUGUUUUUAAGUAAAACAUUGAGAUUUGUGUUGGUUGGUAUCAUGUAUGUGACAACUUUUAUGUUGCAGGGAUAUCUCCACUUGAUUACCUGAAUCUGACCGCAACAAUAGUCAACUUUCGAGCCCAGGUUGAACAGCAGCAAAUGAUGAUUGAUGCUUUGCAGAAAUCAAUCACCCUUAAGGAUGAAGAAAUAAAGAAACUUAAAGGAGAAGUUAGCAAAGGACAGAAAUUUGGGGUAGAGACAGUCAAGGGGAAAGCUGGAAAAUUAAAAAACCUUUUUAGAUAUUACACUGGCAUAACAUACAUCCGUUUUUUGGCACUCUUACAGUUUUUAGUACCAGGAGAUGGGAGCUUUUCCAUGACCUAUGAAAAGGGACGUUGUGAUAUUCGUACUUUAUCAGCUGAGAACUGUUUGUUUUUGACACUUUGUCGUUUACGGCACAAUUUUGGGCUCAAAGAUAUAGCUGUGAGAUUUCAUUUGACAUUACAGUCGAGUGGUGCAGUAUUUAAUGCCUGGGUAGAACACAUGUACUUGAAACUAGGACAGUUAUCAUUAUGGCCACACAGAGAUACCAUCAUUUCAAACAUGCCAAGAGGAUUCAAAAGAGACUUUCCAAAUUCUGUUAUUAUUAUUGAUGGUACUGAGUUAAGAACUCAAACUCCAUGUGCUCUUGGACUUCAGAGUCAGCUGUACAGUGACUAUAAAUCAAGUACUACCUUGAAAUGUCUUGUUGGGUGUGAUCCAAAUGGCUCUCUAACAUUUGUCUCAGAACUUUUCACUGGUUCAAUCUCAGAUAAGGCAUUAACAGAACAGUCUGGUUUUUAUGAUGUGCUAAAGGUGCUCCUUACUCAUGGUUACAUCAAAGAAGGAGAUGCAGUUAUGGCUGAUAAGGGCUUUACAAUAGAGGACGAGCUUUCAGAAUUAGGUUUAGAGUUAAACAUUCCACCUUUUGUUUCUUCAGAAACCCAAAUGACUUCUGCUGAAACUCUUGCCACUGAGAAAAUUGCAGCACACCGUAUCCAUAUAGAACGCCUCAUAGCUAAGAUUAAGAAAUUCAAGAUUGUAGCACACAGAAUACCAACUUCAUUAUUUGGAAGAAUUAAUCAGAUUUGGACUGUUUGUGCUUGUAUGACUUUGUUCCAAAAUAUUUUUGUCACUGAUAAACAUGAAUAAGCACUACAAAUUUAACUAUGAAUCUCCAUUAUAUCAGCAUAUACUGAUUCACUCAAAUGUUCUUAUGAAUCAAUGAAAAAUGUAUCUUAUUUUCAGAGUUAGCUAAGGCUCUCUAUUACUUCUACCAAUAACUAUCCAAACUGUGGUACAUGUAUCUGUGUAUCAGGACUUAUGAAUCAACUUAACUUUUCAGCACUUGUAAGUAAUGAAACUUGAUUCAUAUCGCAGAAGGACCCUAGCUCACUCUUUAGAGGGCAUGCAGUAAAGAUAUAAUCUUACACUUUGAAGGUUCCAUUGUAAACCCAUAUGAUGUGGGGUACCCUCUGUUUGUCAUCACUAUUUGCUCUACCAGUGUAUUUGAGGCCCUCAGUGCUGUAGUUUAUAGUGAAUGUUGGCAUAAAUUUUAUGUGCCAGACUUUGAUGUUCUGGUUGAAACUUACUGAAAAUAUAAAAGGUUAUAUUCGUAAUAUGCAAUAUGCUUCAGUUUUGUGACAAUUACAGUUGCAACAUCAAUGUUCUUUCAGUAUGUUAUAUGUUGAUUGAGUUUUGGGACUGAGGCAUAAUCCCAGUAUGAUGAAAUUCAAACAUUUGUUAUCCAAGAAAAUUAUGUAUAAAAUUAUUUACGUACAUAUAUAGCCAUUGGCUUAGGGCAUUGCAUUUUCCUUGCACCCAACUGUGUCAAUUUCUCUGCAGUUGUAAUGUACACUGGCCUGUGGCAAUCACACAUACGAAAUAAUCUCUGCACUACAAAUUAAUGUAUGGCAAUAUGUUCCAUAUUACAUGGAAACUGAGCAGUUAUUUAUGAAACUUAUGAUUGAAAUUGUCAGAUAUUAUGUAUAUUAUCAGGGAUUUACAAGACGCAAAUUCCUGUGUCCUAUACGCAUAAAAAUUAACAAAGGACACAACAAAAUUUAGUAGCGCAUUCACAGGGACACAGAAAAAGUGCAAAUACUUUUUGUAAAAAUUCCAAUCAAAUAACAAUAAGUUAUGACUGAGUUUGUAACUAGCUGGGUUAUGGUAUCAUUUGCAAUUUAAUUACUGUAACAAUGUGAUGAUCAUGAUACACAAUACAAUAACAGUAUUAAUAAUAAUAUUUAAG